AUGGACACAAAACUGUACUUACAGUCAUUUGGUUGGAAAGAAGGAGAGGCUCUACAAAGUGGAGGUAUCAAGAAACCUAUCUUGGUCAAUCAUAAACGAGACACUAAAGGAUUAGGACACAAUAAUAAAGAAGGUGAAACUUGGUGGGAAAGUCUUUUCGAUGGGAAUUUAAAGAAUUUGGAGAUAAAUAAAGGUAAAGAAGGGAUUGAGUUGAAAAUAGAUGAGGCCAAAGUAGACGCAUCCAUAAGGAAGAAGAAUUCUCCUUUAUAUAGGAUGUUUGUCAGAGGAGAAGGAUUAGCAGGGACUGUAGGGUCUACAGAGUUUGAAGAAGUUAAAGAGGUGAAGUUGAAUGCUGAAGAGGUUUAUGAGAAGCAGGUGAAUAGUAAGAUGAGUUUGGUUACGGUGAAGGUGAAGGAGAAGAAGGUGAAAGAGAAGAAAGAUAAGAAAGACAAGAAAGAAAAGAAGGAUAAGAAAGAUAAGACAGAAAAGGUGGAUAAGAAAGAAAAGAAAGAAAAGAAAGACAAGAAAGUAAAGACAGAAAAGAAAGAAAAGAAAGAAAAGACAGAAAAGAAGGAUAAGAAAGAAAAGAAGGAUAAGAAAGUAAAGACAGAGAAGAAGGAAGAUAAACUGAACAAAACGGACAAAUCAGAUAAACUCCUACGCAAAAAACGUAAAGCUGAACAACUCCCUUCCAAGUCCAAGAAACAUAGAUCUAACGAGUAA